AUGACCACAGACACAGCACACGCAAAGCGUCCUUUUGUAGGUGGUGGUGCUUUCAAGGAUCGAAAUUUGGCCAAUAGAGCACUUGAAAGCGAGAGAAGGUUGCGAGAGUUGAUGGGCAUGUUGUCUGAAGCCGUACAAUCGUUAGCACAAGAGCUUGAAGCUGAUGAUGAGGAUGAGUGGGAGGAUGUCCAUGAUGAGGAUGAAUGGGAGGAUGUCGACGAUGACGAGGAGUUGGAAAAUGUCGACGAUGAGAAUGAUUGGGAAGAUAUCGACGAUGAAGAGGAUGACGAAGAGCUGGAGGAUGUUGAGAAUGCCUCCUCUAACUCCUCCAUAUUCUUAUCCUCCUUCUUAUCCAACAACCCCCCAACCAAAGACUACCCCCCUAUCGGCCACCUAUCCUUCGCCACCAUCGAAGAAGCCCGCACCGCUUACUAUUCAAUGUUAGUGAAGGUGGAGAAUCUACUCGUAAAGUGGUAUCACAAAGACGAUGUAACAGCACUUGUCAAGACCUUGAUCGAAUCUGCGCAGGCGUCGUAUGCCGAGCAGGAGGAGUUUUGGAAGGAUAGGCGCAUAGUUCAGGAGUGGUUUGGAGGGAUAGAUGGGUAG